AAAGUGGACGGUGGCAGCGGGGGGUCAGUCGAGAGGUGUCGCCGGCGUGACAAUGUUGCCGUUGAAGCCUGUGAUAGCCGUUCUGGCUUUCGUAACCGUCGCUACAGCAGCGAAGCUUGAAACCCUAGAUAAUGCUUCCCUGAGAGCCAUCGACAGCGAGGAGGUGGCGCCGGGCUACCAAGCUAACCAGGUGCCCGUUCAAGGCGACUGGCAGGAGGAGGAAGAGGAUGACGACCUGUAUGACUAUGACUACGAGGAUUACCCGGGCGACGGUAAUUCCGAGGAGUACCCAACCCCCCCGGAUGGCGAUUCGGACGCCGGCGAGUACGAAGACUACGGCGAAGAAGAAUUCGAUGAGCAGGAACAAGACGAGAGCGACGAUGGCGUGCUCAAGCGCCGGAAGAGGAAGUUGAUCUACGGCGGCGGGGCCUACGGCAGGCGCGGAGGCUCUCGCGGAGGCUCUCCCUACGGGCGUCGCCGCAGCAACCAGAACUACCACGGCCCCGACUACGGCCCGGGCGGCGGCGGUCCCAGCGGCGGUUACUACGGAAGGCGUAGCUCGCCCAUGGCCGCCCCUCCCAGCCGUCCGACCACGGUAGCCACGGUGCCCAAGCCGACCGCUGCCCCGAAGAAGAAGAGCGCAAGUAACGUCCAGCCGACGUACAAAAGUAAGACAGGUCGCCGGGAGACGAAGAAGAAGCUUUCGAAGGAGCUGAAGACGGGAAUCGCGAAGUACGCGAUCCAGAACGGGAACGGAAGAGCCGCUGAACACUACCGCGACAUCAUCGG